CCCCGAAAAAAGUGAAAUUCGUUGCAAAGAAGGAAGUCGUCCUGUAAUCUGGCUGCGUGGAGAAGAUGGGAGAUUAGAUUUUGCCCCGGAAAUGGCGUCCGGCGAUAUUAAUGAGAUAUUGAUUUGGUCGGUGUCUGGUGGAACGCUGCUUGUCCUUCUGUUUGUAAUCAUCAUUUGCUGUUCCUUUUGCAAACGACAGGGGCCUUCAUAUGUAUUAUUACCAUCAGAACGGCCUAUCAAUACAGUCAGGCAGCCUUACUACGACAGCUUCAGAAAUUUUGCGGAUUAUAUCAUUAAUAAAGAUGAAAUACAUGUAUCUAAAAAGCUUGGUGAAGGUAGCUUCGGAGUUGUUUAUGUAGGGGUAUUCAGAGGAUCUGAAGUUGCAGUUAAGACUAUGCUAUUACCACUUUGCCUGGAUGAAGGUUCACAAUCAUUCUUGAAUGAAGUUUCGACAUUAAGCAAACUUCGAAAUCGCUACAUAGUCCAAUUCAUUGGAAUAUGCCUGUCAGUUGACAACCCAUGUAUCAUUAUGGAAUACAUGCAAGGAGGUUCUGUUGCUGACAAAAUUCAUAAAGAUUUUUGCUCUCUUGAAUGGAAAUUAAUAAUUAAAUGGUCAUUGGAUGCAGCAAAAGGAAUGGAAUUUCUUCAUGCACACAAACCUCAGCCAAUUAUUCACAGAGAUCUAAAGUCUGACAAUCUUCUGGUGGAUGAAAAUGGUGUUGUCAAGGUUGGUGAUUUUGGAACAGCAAAGCUAUAUAAAAAAUUUACAAAUAGUGGAUCAAUGUUCAACCGAAGUAAACGGCGAGUGCAAGAUGAUCAAAGGUCUGAAUUUCCAGGGACAGUGUGCUGGGCAGCACCGGAAGUUCUCCCCCCAAAGCCCCCUGGGAUUAGAGGCAAAUACACGACAGCUGCAGAUGUGUAUUCAUAUGGUAUAACACUAUGGGAGAUGAUUUCCAACAAACGGCCCUUUAGAGGCUACAAGUUUGAGUUUCAAAUAAUGGACGCCAUUAUAAGUGGAACGCGACCCGAAAUACCAUCAAACUGUGUCCCGGCUAUGAAAGAACUUUUAAACGAAUGCUGGUGUAAGCAAAUCGAACGUAGGCCGACAUUUGAAAUGAUUCACAGAAUACUUGACGACUGGAUGACGAAAAUAAGGCUAGUUGAAAUCGCGACACCUCAAACUCGAGCUACUUUUCCCCCUUCAGGUAGUUUAAAAAAAGAGACCUUACCGCUACGUUAGUGCAAAUUAACCCAAGGAUCGCGGAGCAAUUUACUGUGUGAGGGGGCUCUUAGAUUUGGGAGGGGGGCUAAACAUGCUAAAAACAAAGAGCAAGGCUUUUGGUACGGUUUUGAGUACAUUUUGGAAAUGACUGGGGAGCUAAAGCCCCCUCAGCCACCCGCUUCCGCGGUCCCUGAAUUACCUCUUAACAAGUUUUAUACUGUAAAAUGAUCAUUAUUUUUUGUGUAUUGAUUCUCAGUCAUCAUUGAUCCAUACAUUCUAACAACGGGUUCUUUUGACAGGCAAAAAUUAAUAUGGUAUGCCUCUUAAGAAGAAACGUUUAUGAACUAUCAAAUAUUAAUGGGAAUUAAUUAGUUAAUGCGAGUUAAUAUCCGCGGGGAAGGCGCAGAUUACUCCUCUCUCUCUCUCUCUCUCUCUCUCUCUCUCUCUCU